AUGCGUCAGUCGCAAUUGCUUCUAGGGCUUAUUCUUGCAAUCGAAGCAGCUUCUGCUCAUCCUCGAUCAUGGGGACCAAGAAAGUUCACCAGUCUUGUUUCCUUUGGCGAUAGCUACACCGACCAAUCGCGGCUGAACUACUUUGGCUCUCAUAACGGGUCAGCUCCACCAGUUGGCUGGGAGCAGCUAGACAACAACAAUACCGCAUCAGGUGGCUAUGUCUGGGGCCACUAUUUCUCGCAAUACGCCGAUGUAAACCUGUACAACUACGCCGUCAGCGGCGCCGUUUGCUCCAACGAGAUCACCCCACGCACAUUCUCCUACAUCAACGCCCCUUUCCCUUCCGUUCUGGAGUACGAAGUGCCCGCCUUCCUGGCUGACAGCAAGCAUAAAGUCUCUGGAAGGAGGUUCCUCAACAUCCCACCCCGGGAAACGGUGUACUCGAUCUGGAUCGGCACCAACGACUUGGGCAACUACGCCUUUAUCACUGAUUCCCAGGUCAAGAAUAAGACCAUCCCGGAUUACAUCAACUGCGUAUACUCCGUGCUCGACCGGGUCUAUGCAAAUGGCGGUAGAUACUUCGUGCUCAUGAACCUGGCGCCCCUGCAGCUGGCACCCCUGUAUGCGACGCCCGAGAACGGCGGCGUGGGGGCCAACCACUACUGGCCCGACAAGCCCGAUAAUCUGACCUUGGUCAGUCACCGGAUGUGGGAGCAGGUUGCGACUGUGAACGAUGUGUUCAAGUACCAGACGCCGUAUGAGCUGUUGGUGGCCAGGAGGUAUCCCGGGGCGCGGUUUGCGGUGAUGGACAUGUAUGGAUUGCUUUCCGAGGUUUAUUACAAUCCCACAAAGUAUUUCAACGGGAGUGCACCUGCCAAUGUGACCGGGUUCAACAAUCACUGCACGCUUGACGGAGGGCAGUGCACCCGGCUCCCCAGUCCGGAUUCCUUCAUGUGGUUCGAUGAGUUGCAUCCUUCGCAGCGAACGGACCAGAUUAUCGCCGAGGAGUUUGUCAAGGUUGUCAGGGGGUACAGUAAGUGGGCUACGUACUGGUAA